AUGAAAAAUAACAACCAGAGCUUCUUAGAGGCGCCCCCUCAUGACUUCAUCCUUCUGGGUGUUUCCGACAGGCCAUGGCUAGAGCUGCCUCUGUUUGCCAUCCUGCUGGUGUCCUACGUGCUGGCCAUGCUGGGCAACAUCGCCAUCAUCCUGGUGUCACGGCUGGACCCCCAGCUCCAGAGCCCCAUGUAUGUCUUUCUCCGCCACCUGUCCUUCCUGGACCUGUGCUACACCACCACCACGGUGCCCCAGAUGCUGGUCAACAUGGGCAGCUCCCGGAAGACCAUCAGCUAUGGCGGCUGCACAGUGCAGUAUGCCAUCUUCCACUGGCUGGGCUGCACCGAGUGCAUUGUGCUGGCCGCCAUGGCCUUGGACCGCUACGUGGCCAUCUGUGAGCCCCUGCGCUAUGCUGUCAUCAUGCACAGGGCACUGUGCCUGCGGCUGGUGGCCACAGCCUGGCUCAGUGGCUUCGGUAACUCCCUGGUGCAGGUGGUGCUGACAAUACAGCUGCCCUUCUGUGGGCGCCAGGAGCUGGACAACUUCUUCUGUGAGGUGCCAGCCAUGAUCAAGCUGUCCUGUGCUGACACGGCUAUCAAUGACGCCACACUGGCCGGGCUGGUGGCCUUCUUUGUGCUGCUACCCCUGGCCUUCAUCCUGCUAUCCUACGGCUUCAUCGGCCACGCAGUGCUCAGGAUCCAGUCUUCCAAGGGCCGGCACAAAGCCUUUGGCACCUGCUCCUCCCACCUGGUGGUGGUGUCGCUCUUCUACCUGCCCGCCAUCUACAUGUACCUGCAGCCACCCUCCCGCUACUCCCAGGAGCAGGGCAAGUUCAUCUCCCUCUUCUACUCCAUCAUCACCCCCACGCUCAAUCCCUUCAUCUAUACCCUGCGGAACAAGGAUGUAAAAGGUGCUCUGAGAAGGCUCCUGGCCAGGACUGGGCAGCUCUGCCGAUGA